AUGGCUCCACCAACGAAGCGACGAAAGCGGAACGUCGUGCCCUCGUCCGACGAGCAAGACGACGAGGAUGAGCCCGUCACCAAACUCGGAGCUCGCCCGAGCAAUUUAGUUUCUUCUUCCCCGCCCUCUUCGAACGACGCAAACCCUCCGACAGCGGGAAAAGCUCUCACGAGAACUGCGGCGCCAUCCAAGAAGAUGCAGCCUCGCGCGAAGACUGCGAACCACCCUCCAAAUGCGGCACCUGUACACCUCCCGAAGCAGGUUCGCGGAGCCAAAACUAGCACGAAGAGUGCAAGUAGCAGUCCAGAGAAGGCCAAAUGGAAGGGAUUGGUGGACGACAAGGUGAAGAGCGGGAACAUACAUACCUUCUUUACCAAGCAGGCGCAGCGGCAGCAGGCUGAGGGUACUAUCGGGACGGUCUCCAGGCCGAAGGUGGCAGUACGAAGCUCCAACAGCUCUAGGCAUGAAGAGGACGACGACUUGAUAUCUGACGACGAUGUCAUUGAGUCGAAAGCACCGACAUCCAGUAUGGUCGGGCUGGCAGCACGGAAACGAGCGAGAGGGGUGGAGCUCCAGAACAAUGGCGAUGGAGACUUUUUCAGUGCAAGUCAGAAGUUCCUCGUUCCGAAACCCCCGCUGGAGAUCCAGCCUGAGGAAGACACCAGGCCAUGGGCAGAGAGAUUUGCCCCUGCGAACCUGGAAGAUCUGGCAGUCCAUAGGAAGAAGGUUUCUGAUGUGCGAGCUUGGCUCGAAGGUGUUAUGGGAGGCCGAAUGAGACAACGACUUUUGAUAUUGAAAGGAGCUGCUGGAACUGGAAAGACAACUACAGUACACCUCUUGGCGAAAGACAUGAACUGUGGAGUACUGGAAUGGCGCAAUCCUGUAGGGUCGGUUGCCUCUUCAGAUGGAUAUCUCUCCAUGUCUGCUCAAUUCGAGGAAUUUAUGGGCCGAGGCGGGAAAUUUGGACAGCUGGACAUAUUUUCUACCGAUGGGCAAGUAGCCCCCAAACCAGAGAUCAAGCCCCUCGAUCGCCGGAAGAAUCUCAUUCUGAUAGAAGAAUUUCCCAAUACUUUUUCACGCUCCUCUACAGCGUUGCAAUCAUUCCGAUCCACAAUCGUCACGUAUCUUGCUUCCAAUACACCACCUCUGUCUAUGAUGAACUACAAUUCUAAGGAUCCUAUAACACCUGUGGUCAUGAUUAUUUCAGAGACCCUACUCACUACAACUUCUGCCUCGGCGGAUAGCUUCACAGUACAUAGGCUGCUUGGGCCAGAAAUUCUCCAACAUCCGGGUGUAGGGGUGAUCGAAUUCAACGCCAUUGCUCCUACCAUUCUCGUUAAGGCCCUUGAGCUCGUAGUGCAGAAAGAGUCUCGAAAGUCAGGCCGCAGAACAACACCCGGGCCUCUCGUACUGAAAAAGAUUGGAGAAGUCGGUGAUAUCAGAAGUGCAAUUGGGUCUCUGGAAUUUCUAUGCCUUCGGGGUGAUCUCGAUGGCCAAUGGGGGGCCAAAGUAGCAUUUGGCAAAACCAAGAAAGCCAGUAAGGAGACCCCCCUGACGACAAUGGAAGCAGAGAGUCUCGAACUGGUAACUCGGCGAGAGGCUAGUCUGGGAAUCUUCCACGCUGUUGGGAAAGUGGUCCAUAACAAACGAGAAGAGGCCCCACCAGUGCUUUCAGCUGGCGAACAAGACGUCGAGUGCCUACCAGACUUCAUGUCGAUGCACUCUCGGCCUAAGCGAACUCAAGUCAUGGUCGACGAGCUCAUCGACGAGACCGGAACAGACACCCAAACGUUUGUAGCAGCCCUUCACGAGAACUACAUCCUCUCCUGCGAAGCGCCUCCCACCUCUUUCGAAUUUUCUUCGUUAGAUCACGUAAACGGCUGCAUAGACGCCCUCUCAAACAGCGACCUCCUCUGUCCCUCCUGGGACGGCACCUUCAAUUCCACUGGCUUCGGCGGAGGCGUCGGUGGUGGUGAUAUCCUCCGUCAAGAUGAGAUUUCAUUUCAGAUUGCUGUCCGCGGCAUCCUUUUCGCGCUUCCAUCUCCCGUCAAACGUACAGCUCCUACGGCUGCUGGGCUCCGCACAGGCAAAUAUGGGGAAGCGUAUCGGAUGUUCUAUCCAACAAGCUUGAAGCUGUGGAGAAUGAAAGAGGAGAUUGAGAGUACGAUUGAUCUCUGGGUAUCAAAACUGAUCAAGGGCGAGGAUGGGAUGCUCAGGGAUGUGACAGCUGGGGCGGCAGCGUUCGCCAGGCCGAAGAUUGGCACGGUGGAGAGUUGGAAGAGUGCUAGGCCGCCCCCUUCUUCAAUUUCCAAAUCCUCAAAGGGUAGUGGAAAGGAGGCUGACAUCGCACCGCUGAUGUACUUUGGGACAUCCGCCCGCAAAGAAAUGCUCCUCGAGCGACUGCCAUACAUGGUCACCAUCGCUCGCUCCAAAAAGUCCUCCUGGUCGACCCUAGCGAUCUGCGAUAUGGAGAAAGUCACCACGUUCCGCGGUAUUGGGGCCCCUUCCGACGAGGAUCCUGAUGACGCGGAGGACGAAGGCGCGCUGGGGGAGGAGUGGGCGACGGAUAAACCGGGCGAGGGGAAGAGCCCGCGGAAAAGGGGCUUGGUGUUUAGAGGGAAGGGAGCGGGAGAUGGGCUGCCGGUGCAGCAGCCGAAGCAAAAACUAGUCUUGAGUGAUGACGAUAUUGAGGAUGGUUAA